AUGUUGCCUUUACCAGUAUAGACAAGAAAAAUGCCAAAAUUAGAUUUAAUGGAUUUAAUAGAAUAAGGGUUUGGGUAAAAUAUGAGUUUAUACUCUGAAAUUCCAUCAGAGCUUCAAUAUUGCUAAUUUCAUAAGUAUCAUUAAAAAAAUGAUGAAUGUAUGAUUUUCAAAGAAGAUUAUUCAAUUUACAUGUACGCAAAAAAAUACAAAAAUUAUUGGCAAAUUUACACAAGAGAUCCUUCAGAUUCAUAAUUUGAUAAAGAAAAUUUUGAAUGGAUCUUGAAAAUUGAAGAUGAUGUUUUGAGUCUUUGGAAGAAGCCUAAUUAAUUUAUUUCAGUAGUCAAAAUAAUCCAUUGCAGUAAUUAUACUGAAUCAUAUAAUCGUAUGCGUUUACUAAUUUCAAAUGGGAAAUUAAAUAAUGUGCCUUUAUAGUUUGAUUCAGAUUAUUAUCCCAAUGGCUGUGAUUAUAUUUCAACUAUUCCACCAAUAUAUAAUUCGAAAAAAAGAGUUUGGCAUAUGCAGGAUUCAGAAAGGAUGUAAAAAGCAAGCAAAAGGAACUUUUUGUUAGGUUUGCACUGUAAUGAGGAAAAGAAAUAGGUCCUUAAAAUGGGUAAAAUCUAAACAGGAGUAUUCAUAGUGGAUUUUAAGGAACCUAUCAAUUUUGUGAUAGCCUUCAGUGUUGCUUUGGCUACUUGUGACCUAAAGUCAAGAAUAAGAGAUUAAUGA